UUAUGAUAUGGUUGGAAACUUAGGUUUGUGUAAGCACACCUCUUCACAAUUCCAAAAUGGGGUGUUUAAAAAGCACUUGAUGUCCCUUUUAAGAAACCUUGUCUUAGGAGAUUCCUUGCUCCACUCUCAUUUUAGUGUGCUACUAGUGAUGUCAGUUAUAUAAGGGUGGUGAAGGGGAUAGUUCCCACUUGUGAAUCAUCAUUACCAAACUUCUCUACAAAACAAAACCAACCCCCCCCCUCCUUAAGGCCUUAACUUUUGAGUCAAAAUUUAUCAUUUCAAAGCACUCUCCAAUAGAGAUAAGUUUGAUUCAUCCAUCCCAGUUGGUUGGUUGUAACCCGGCUCUGGCACUGUUAAAGAAAAAAAAUGGCCCCUUCUGGAAGGACAACAACAGCAUCAACAAGGACAACCUCAAAGACGACAACAACAACAAGAAGAACAAGACAGCAGAGAAGAACAACAGCAACAACAACAAACUUCAAGAAGAAGCAGCACAACGCAAAGAGCAACAACAAAAAACAACAAGAACAGGUUCUUGUUCCAACUGUUUUGCCCUCUAGCUGCAGCUCCUCCUCCAUAAGCUCACAAGACUCUUCUAAUUCAAAGGAAGUGGACAACAACAUGCAUGGUUCUGCCGAGGUGAUUGAUGUUGUUUGCAACAGCAACACCAACAGUCCAUGUUCCACACCAAAGGGUCAGAAAUUCAGGAUUCCUGAGAUUUCAACAUGCCCUCCAGCACCAAAGAAGCCAAGGGUUCUCUCCAAUUGCUCUUUGCGUAGGUCUCCACUCUCAUUCUUUGCACCCCCUGACUUGGAGCACUUCUUCUUUGUGGCACUUAGAGAUGUCUCGGUUUGAUUUUGUGUGUUAAUAGAAGAUUAAGAAAGAUACAUGUGUUAUAGUAAUAAGAUCAUAACACUUUAGAAGAUGGACUUUUGAAGUGGUUUUUUAGUAUAUUAUUAUGUACCUCUAGCAAAUCACAGAGGUAUGUAUGCUUUGAGAACUUUAGAUGUUGGUGUGUGUUCAUCUUAGGAAAAUAGUUACUCUUCAAUUUCUGCUAAUUUUAACAAUUUCUAGGGUUUGCCAGUCACUAAAUUUAGCUGGGGUGGCUCUCCAACUAAAUUUGGAUUUUAAGCUUACUUUUUUUCUCCCUUUUCCUCUUAUAGAAGACAUGUUCUGACCUUUAAGUGUGUGCUGAGUGCAAAUGUAAUGGGUUUGGUUUAAGGUUUGUGAGUGUUCAAGCUUGCAACUCUACAAAGCUUCAGUUGUCAAUUAGAGAAAGUAAAGUCAUACACUUUCCUUUUGUAUGCAAAAAUCUCUUUUAUUUUC